UUUUCUGUAUAUUCAGUCGCUGCUUCGCCGGGCGGGAUUUCCGCAAUAAUAUCAAGUAUGGCGAAGACAUACGAUUAUUUGUUUAAAUUACUGUUAAUCGGCGACUCUGGUGUCGGGAAGACAUGUGUUCUGUUCAGGUUUUCAGAAGACGCCUUCAACUCCACGUUCAUCUCAACAAUAGGCAUUGAUUUCAAGAUUAGGACAAUAGAGCUUGACGGCAAGAAGAUAAAGUUACAGAUAUGGGAUACUGCUGGCCAGGAGCGCUUCCGAACAAUCACAACAGCCUACUACAGAGGAGCUAUGGGAAUCAUGCUUGUCUACGACAUCACCAACGAGAAGUCGUUUGAAAAUAUCAAGAACUGGAUAAGGAACAUAGAGGAGCAUGCAUCAUCUGAUGUUGAGAAGAUGGUCCUUGGCAACAAGUGUGACAUCAACGACAAACGGCAGGUGUCCAAAGACAGGGGAGAGAAGCUUGCAUUGGAGUAUGGCAUAAAAUUCAUGGAGACAAGUGCAAAGGCCAACAUCAAUGUGGAAAAUGCAUUUUUAACGCUCGCCAGAGACAUCAAAUCAAAAAUGGACACAAAAUUAGAGGGCAACAUGCCGCAGGGAAGCAGUCAUGGCGUCAAGAUCUCAGAGCCUCAGAAAAAGACCAGCUUCUUCCGCUGUAGCCUACUCUGAGGGCGGAGGCCUUCAAUACUGGCUGCCAGCUGGCUGGACAUAAACGGACUGUGCUAGCUUUUAGCACUUCCUUCCCCAUUGAUCUUUCUGUCCUACCAGUCCACACAAACCGGUAUAUUCCCAGUAAGAGAAGGGCUUCCUCUUCUCGCUUCCUCUUCCAAAAGCUUCCAGUGGUGCAUCUCUUCCAUUUAAAGGAGAUCUGUUGUCUUUGUGGGUCACAGUGUUUGACCGUUCAAGGACUCAACCAGGACCAUUGUCCAGAUGUUCCUUAUCACACAAAAGACAGGCUCUUACUUCUGAUGUUAAUCUUUGUACUACGCACUCAUAUUUCACACCAGUGCCAGUAGCACAACCGAGGAAGAUAAAUCAUUUGAUUAAUGCCAAGGUUUUGGGAUUGCAAAUACAAAUGUGAUAUUUAGAUCUAUUUUUAUUAGUGCUCUCUCCCUUUAUGUUAUAAAUGUCAACCAGAGACUGAAAGGCUAGAUCUCUAGUGAAACAGAGUUGCACACGCUUUCAUUUUCAUUUCAACAGUCAAGGAUCAGAGAGGAAUUGGAUUGAAAUGUGCUCUAUUUGAGUUCUACUCUCUGGUUUAUGUGUAAUCCUUGACAAUCAUCCAAUGUGACUAAAAUGCAUGUUUCAACAUGCCCCAAUCAAUACACACUGCCUCCAACUCAUUUGAACCUCACUCUAGUAGCUUUCAGGUGCUGGAAGACAGUUUGGCUACACAAAACCUAAAAAUACAAUCCAGAGUUUUGCCUCUGAAGUACUGCUGUCAAAUUAUCCGCAGAACAUUGGCUUCUCCUUAAGCUUUAUCUGGUGUAGUAACCUCCAAGAAAGUAAUGUACGUACAACACUUUUGAGCACAUUGUGGUGUGAAAGUGAAACACUGCUUUGUAAACCAUUUGUAAGUACACUACAACAAUAUGUGCACACUGUAUAAUUAAAAUAAUCCUCCACAAAUAAGUGCAGUGUAAUAAGAUUAUGGAUGCAAUUGAUUUUUUUUUUUUUUUUUUUUUUUUUAAUUACCCAUUAUUUGAUUGAUUGGCCUACAAAAUGUCAGAAAAUAGUAAGUUUCCUGUUAAAACUAUGAGUUUACUAUCAUAUAAGACAAAAAGCAGCAACUCCUUCUCACAUUUGAGGAACUGGGACCAGUGAAGGAUUGGUAUGAGAAUUUACUUAAAAUGGUCAAUAGAUCAAUUUAUUUUCUCUCACUUGACAAAUUGGUCCAACUCCAAAUAGGAUUAAAGUGCUGGUUUUUAAUUUGACUUGAAGGUUUUGUCGCAGCUCUGUUUCACAGUCUAGCUAAAUGAUGUCUCCAGUUAUCUGAUCAGCAAUUAAAAUCCCUCCUUGAAGUUUCGCACUGUAAGCCCCAGCUCCCCUUGCACUUUACCAGUAACUCGUGUUUUGUGUGUAGUCUGUGCCAAUUGAUAGUUUUGCAAUACAAUUACUUAAAAAAUCCAUUGAGUCUUGGUGGUAAAAUGUGCGUAAUGCCUAAAUUUUACUACACUUACUUAUAAAUGACUUGAUUUUCUUUGCUAUUUCACUGCUUCUGAUCCACUGUCAUUAUCUAGUUCACUGAAAAGCAUUGCUCUAACAUACUUUAACAGCUAUAUAUAUUUAUAUAAAGGAAAAAUACUUUGCAGGCCUCUGUUUCUAUGCUACUGCCCUGCCAAAUUGUAGUUUAAAAGUGACGUUUUCUUGGCUUAUUACACGAACACUGCCUUGACCUAAGCUGAGAGGUGGGCCUAUUAGUAUCAUUCUGAUGUGUUUCAUUAUUGCACUGUAGUUCGACCACUAGGUGGCACCACAGGCACAGUAUACAUUAUAGGCGACCACCUGAACUCAAAUUUUAAUCAGUAUUUUAAGAACGCAAGCCACAGUGAACUAAACUUGAUCCGAACAUGUACCCACUGUUUAACAUUGACGUUGAGUCUCAAUCUAUUCCUGUUCUUCAUGGUUACUUCAUACAUAUUUUACUAGUCUGAAAACCAAACUCCUAUAUGCACAAUAUCGAGGGAGGAUCUGCUUUUGCUUGCCUACACUUUUUUGUUUUAUAUAUAAUAUAUAUAUAUAAAAAUAAUCUCAAAUAAUUUGGGACCUCAUGAUUACCAUGGCCAUUUGUCUUAACUGCUAAUACUCAGUUCUGUCAUAGGUGAGCUAUGCAUUGUGAAUCUUGGACCUGUGCAUAUUUGUGAAAUGUAACUUUCAGACAUAAUUGUAGACCUGUACAGUUGAAUGUAUGGGCUUUUUUUUUGUUUGUUUUUUUGUGUCAUUCACUGAGCUAAGAACAGCAUGGGCUCUGUUUAUAGAAAUGUCAUUGUUACAUCAAUGCAAUUGAAAUUUUGCAUAAUGGAAGAUUAAGUGGGAGAGGUCUGGAUGUUGAAAUGCAGAGAUAGUGCUGUUGUCUCAUUUGAGUGAUACUGUAGCUUUAAUUCAUAAACAGAAAGAUAGGGAGCAGUUUCAGCUGAAUUGAUACUGUCUUUUGUUUUGUUUUGAAGUCAUAUCUUUUUCUUAAGACUCCUAUCACAUGUCAUAAUAUAUUGUACAUCCCUUUUUACAGCCAUAUUUUCAUUCCGUCAAUUGUGAAGUCCACAAAAAGAAGAAUAUGUUUUGGGAGAAAAAAAGUGAAGAAAAAUAACAUUGUAAAUAUCACAUUGAAAACAGAUCUACUUAAAUUGUACUGUACUUUCUAAACCCAUAUGAAAAUGUAUCUACAAUUUGUAGAUAUGUGUACUUUUGAUUUAAUAAAAUAAGAUUAUAAAACCUCA